AACAGGUUGUGUGGAGUUACCCGAUGUAUGUGGGCGUAUGUGUGACAUUUUGACUUAUAAAAGUAGACACAUCUUUAACACAAGAAGAUAAACAUCCAAAUGGCAGCGAGACGGACAGUCAAGAAACUCACUGCUGUGGAAGUCUUAGCUCUUCUUCAAGAACUCCCUGAUGUAGACUCUGGGGAUAGUGAUGAAGAUUCUUUUGUUGAGGAAUCAGAGUUCGUCCCUUCUGAUUCCUCUGACGAGGAUAUUCCAGUAUCAAUGGAUACGCAGCCGGAACAGCCCGUCCAGUCCAGCUUACGUACACGUAAGCAGACUAAAAGACUAAUAAUUGUUGAGGAAGAGGACAAAGUGGGCAAGCCCUCUUCUGUACAAGGAAACUCUUCCAAAUUCAAGAAAGGCAAUCACAAUGUCCAAGACAAAGACUGCAGGAAACGCAGGUGUGCUGGAGAAAAGUCUUCCUCAUCCCAGAAGCGCAAGCGUACUGAUCAAAAAUUCCAGAAAAGAGAAGAGAAGGUCCAGAAAAGAAAGGAUACGAGCAAGAACUCUAAGACAGAACUUUGUGAGACAGCUAAAGAUGGCACUGUUUGGGUCCGGCGAAAAAUUGAGGACUUCAACAGCCUUCAGCCAACACAGCCAACUCAGACAUCACUUAGCAAAGGAGGACCAACAGAGAUUGCAAGACGGAAAGUGACCAGUCGUUUGCAAAGCUUCCUCUGUCUAUUUACCAUCAGUAUGUUCAUGACCAUCAGAGACUGCACAGAACACAAAGCCCGCAAAACAAACCCUGACUGGAGCACAAGUGUCUACGAGCUGAUGGCAUUUGUUGCCGUUUUGUUGUUCAGAGGAGCGGCUGGCAGAACCGGUGCAAUGCGCGACUCUUGGUCAAAAUACUUUGGCAUUCCAGAAAUCAUGUCCACAAUGUCCAGAGACCGAUAUAAAGAGCUGAUGCGCUAUUUACGCUUUGACAUAAAGGACACUCGUUUGGAACGCCUGCAGGCAGACAAAUUUGCAGCAAUAUCAGAUAUUUGGGGGUGCUUUGUUCAGAACUGUGUGCAAUCAUACGACCCAGGGAAUCACAUAACAGUUGAUGAACAGCUAUUUCCAACAAAGGUCCGAUGUCCUUUUUUGCAAUACAUCGCAUCUAAACCGGACAAGUUUGGGAUAAAGUUUUGGAUUGCAGCAGACUUGAACACUAAAUACAUGUGCAAUGCCAUUCCGUAUUUAGGAAAAGACCCCAACCGUGACAUUGGAGAGCGACUUGCAGACAAUGUUGUGACAAGGCUUAUGGAACCCUUUUUGGACAGGGGCAGGACUGUCACUAUGGACAAUUUUUUCACAUCAUUGUCUUUGGCAAACAGGCUUCUCCAACACAACACAACUCUCCUUGGCACCGUCAACAAAAUUCGGCGGGAAGUUCCAGAACAGGCUAAAAACACCAAAGAACGGGAAGAGUUUUCAACACAGUUGUUCACAUCUGGCAGUGCCCUGCUAACAAUUUAUGCAGCUAAAAAGAAGAAAAAUGUGUGUCUUCUCAGCACGCUGCAUACAAAAGUAGAGGUCGAAGCAGAUUUGCGGCAAAAACCAAAUGUCGUCACAGACUACAACUACCUGAAAUGUGGUGUUGAUGUGCUGGAUCAGAAACUACGUGCUUACACUGUGCGCACAGGAACACGGAGAUGGCCUGUAGCUGUUUUCUACAAUAUCCUGGACAUUGCUGCUUCUAAUGCACAUGUACUGUACAAGGCAUGUACAGGAUCGAAGGAGUCAAGAAGAAAGUUCCAGCAUAAGCUUGCAAUUGAGCUAAGAAACAGACACAUGCAGGAAGUUGCACAGGAGAAAGAAAGAAAAGAGGCACUACGUGAAAUGAGAAGAGUUUCUGAAGGAAAAACAACAACUUGCCAAGUGCAACAGAGUUGUAAGAGAAAUCGCAGUACCGAGAAAUGUGCCAUAUGCCACAAGUACACCUGUCGGAAAUGCAGGAAAGGAUCUCCAUUUGUGUGCAAAAAUUGCUAAAGAAAAAAAAAGCAACAAAAAAAAAAA